AUGGAGAUUGGUGAUCUCAAUCCUGCCGUGGCAUUGGACCGGCUAAACACGGCCCUCCGGCCAGGACCAUUCGUUAACAGCUUGUGCAAGAAGCCGUCUGCCGAUAUGAACGACCUCCGACGCCGAGCCGAGAAGUACAUGCAAAUGGAAGAACUUGCAGAGACCCGAAACCAGGCCAGGGUCGAAGAAAAUUAUAGCCGAAAAGAAUCUGGCCAAGAGCAAGUAAAGAAAAUGGCCGCCGAGCCCUCAAAUACUCGUCCCCCGAGAGGACCUCGCUAUACGGCGUAUACUCCCCUCAAUGCGAGUAGAGCCAAAGUGAUGGAACAGGCCCUCGCAUCAGAAAUCCUUGCGAUGCCGAAAAGGGCAAACACGUCCCCCAGAGCCGAUAAAGCCAAGGCAUGCCGAUUCCACCGAAACAGGGGGCACUCCACCGAAGAAUGCUCAUCACUGAAGGACAAGCUCGAGGAUCUUAUCAAGCAGGGUCACCUCAGAAGCUUUAUCACCCCCCAAGACCACCAGUCAAGGGAAAGAGACCACCACUCUCGCGAAGCUCGUAUGCCGAGAGACCGACGUCGUCGAUCGCGUUCGCCCGAAAGACAAGACCGAUCGCAGCGCCCCAAGGAAGACAAUGACCGACCACGGAAGGUGAUCAACACAAUCGCAGGAGGUUUCGCCGGAGGCGGGUCCACUUCUUCAGCACGAAAAUGA